AUGUCUGCCGACGAGCUUCCUUCUGGCUUUCUUGCCAAUAUUACCACACGCAUACAAACCUACAUAAGCAUUUGGGAGCCGUGGUGGCCACCCGCCAAAGCGUAUUAUACUGCCCUGAUAUCAUCCAUAUUGCGCGGCGACUUGUCCGUCCUGUGGCGACCGACCGCUGUCGGCGACGCAACAUUUGCCAAAUGGUGGCUUGAAGUCAGUCACAACUUUGUCAGAUAUGAGGACAGUGUGGGUGUCCCAGACCUUGUUGCUAGUGCCCACGGUGUGGUCCUCGACCUUGGUGCUGGGUCCGGCAACCAACUGUAUCGCUUAAAGGCUGAUAAGCUGGAGCAUGUCUACGGAAUUGAGUACAACGAAGCCCUGAUCCCGGCGCUCCAGGAGAAGAUUGAAAAGACAGGACUCGGCGGCAAGUAUACGCCCGUCGUGGCCAAUGUGCAGAAUAUGGAGGCCGAGCUGUCCAAGCUUGGAGUUGAACCGGGCACUGUGGAUUGUAUUUUGAGUAUUCAGCUGCUCUGCUCGGUGCCUGAUCAGGAGAAAGCCAUCGCGGAAUGGCACCGCAUGCUUAAGCCCGGUGGCCAACUCAUCUUCUGGGAGCACCAAGAAAACGAAGUAGACUUUUGGACACGAACUGCUCAGCACCUUUGGACAUGGCUUUGGGCGCCCGUGAUCGGAGGAUGUCGUCUGGAUCAGCCGACGAGAAAAUCUCUUUUAGCCUCGGCAGACUGGGAAAUUGUCGAGCUUGAAGCAGGCCGUGGCCCUCUGGAUUUGAUGCCUAGGGUUUGGGGAAAGCUAAAGAAACGGAGUCAGCCUUAG